CACCCCAGAAGCACGGAAAUGAACAAGAAUAAGGAAGAGAGUGAAUCUAUAAUUGGAAAAGCACAAGCUGCAGCGGUGAAAGCAAUGCUGCUUUCCUGGAUUAAAUCCCACAUGUUCAUGGGGUAUAGAUGUUGUGACACAUUCCUGGAUUCUCUUUGCAAGACUCAGUGGCGUUUGAGGACGUGGCUGUGAACUUUACCCUGGAGGAGUGGGCUUUGCUGGAUCCUUCUCAGAAGAAUCUCUACAGAGAUGUGAUGUGGGAAACCCGGAGGAACCUGGCCUCUAUAGGAAAACAAUGGAAAGACCAGAACAUUGAAGAUCAGUACAGAAACCCCAGGAGAAAUCUAAGAAGUUUUCUGGGAGAGAGACUCUUUGAAAGUAAAGAGUGUAGUCAGUUUGGAGAAACCUUCAGCCUGGUUCCAGAUCAUAUGGUGAAUAAGAAAACUCCUGGUGGCAUAAAACCAUGUGACAGCAGUGCACGUGCAGACAUAUCUAUUGUUCAUUCAUUCCAUAAUAGGCACAUCAUAGCUGAUACUGGACCCAAACCACAUAAGUAUCAGGAAUAUGGUGAGAUGCCAUAUAAACACAAGCAAGGUGGGAAAGCCUUCAGUUCAUGCCACCCCUUUCAAACACAGGAAAGGCCUGCUACAGAAAAGAAACCCUAUGAAUGUAAGGAAUGUGGGAAAACCUUCAUUUCUCUCACAAGCAUUCAAAAACACAUGGUAAUGCACAGUGGAGAUGGCCAUUAUAAAUGUAAGUUUUGUGGGAAAGCCUUGGACUCUCUGAGUGUAUGUAUUAUACAUGAAAGAACUCACACUGGGAAGAAACCGUAUGAAUGUAAGCAAUGUGGUAAAGCCUUCAGUUGUUCCACUUCCUUGCAGUAUCAUAAAAGGACUCACACUGGAGAGAAGCCCUAUAAAUGUAAACAAUGUGGAAAAACCUUCAGGUCUGCCAUGUACAUUCGAAUACAUGAAAGAACUCACACUGGAGAGAAGCCUUAUGAAUGUAAACAAUGUGGGAAAACCUUCAGGUCUGCCAUGUACAUUCGAAUACAUGAAAGAACUCACACUGGAGAGAAGCCCUAUGAAUGUAAACAAUGUGGGAAAGCCUUUCCUUGUGUCGGUUCUUUUCAUAGACAUGAACGAACUCAUACUGGAGAAAAACCCUAUAAAUGUAAGUAUUGUGGUAAAGCCUUUACUUGUUCCAUGUACAUUCGAAUACAUGAAAGAAUUCACACUGGAGAGAAGCCCUAUGAAUGUAAACAAUGUGGGAAAGCCUUUCAUUGUGUCAGUUCCUUUCGUAGACAUGAACGAACUCAUACUGGAGAAAAACCCUACCAAUGUAAGCACUGUGGUAAAGCCUUUACUUAUUCUGGGUACAUUCAAAUACAUGAAAGAAUUCACACUGGAGAAAAACCCUAUGCAUGUAGGGAAUGUGGGAAAGCUUUCAUUUGUUCUGCUUACUGUCUAAAGCAUGAAAGAACUCAUAACAUUAAUACGUGAGAGAAAUCCUAUAAGAAAUUAGGAAAGCAUGCAGUUGUCCCAGUUCCUUUGAAGGAUAGGAAAAUCGAGUAGAGAAAGAUCAUAUGAGAUAAUUGAGUUUUGAGUUGAAAAGAGAGAAUUGCAAUAGGACAAUGAAAUCAAGGAGUUGAAUAAUUCCAUGGUACAAUUUACCAGGAGUGUAUCUGACAUGAAAUUUCAAAGAGAGAAAUGAAGAAGCCAUUCAUCAUGUUUUGGAGGCACCAUACAGGGAGACAGACAGAUUGUACAAGCUGUGCAGACCCCUGCUUCCAGCCUAUUUUCCUGAUUCCUUGGCUUGCCAAUUAAGAGUGUGUUCAGGCCAGGCACGGUGGCUCACGCCUAUAAUCCUAGCUCUCUGGGAGGCUGAGGUGGGCGGAUUGCUCAAGGUCAG